AGUAAGGUGUAAACGGCGGCAAAUGGAAGCCGGAAGUCCGAUCUCCCCGUUUCCGGUCUGCACAGAGGCAUUGUGGGACAUCAGUCAAUCGAGUCCUCCGAGCUUGGCUGGAGGAAAUGGCAACCAAUAUAGAACAAAUAUUUCGGGAUUUUGUAAUGAAUAAAAUAAAGGAGAUAGAAGAUGAAGGCCACGAUAAGAGCCAUACAGACCAAAUGGAAACUAAUAAUGGGGAGUCACACACUGACCUAGGGACGGGACUGAAUAAAGACGCCCCUCAGGUUGACGCACUGAGCACAGCCACAGAUAAAGUCUCAAACGCUACAUCUCAAGGCAAUGGGGGCAAAGAAGAAUUUAAUACAAAACACAAGAAAUCCAAAAAGCACAAAAAACACAAAAGCAAAAAGAAGAAGAAGAAACGGAAAGAAGAUAGAGAGAGCAGCUCAGAGUCUGGUGGAGAGACGCAGGAAAGUGUAAAGAAAAAGAAGAGAAAGAAACAGAAAAAACAUAAACAUGGAGAAAAAGGAAAAAAAUCUGAUUUACACUCUGGUAGCUCUUCUGAAUCAGUCUCUGAAAUGAUCCCCUUGGCAGAAACUGCUAAAUCCUUAACUGUGAAGAUGCCUCAAGAUUUACCGGACAUAAUUCCCAAGCUCGAGACCACUUCUGACAAACUCAAAGUCAGUAAAAUAGCCAAAAGAAGCUCUAGUCGCUCAAGUACACCCCGGCAAGACAAGGAUUUGAGAAGGCAGCGCUCCCGUUCCAGCUCGGGCAAAAAGAAAACAAGACAUAGAUCCAAGUCCCGGUCACCAAAACAAUCUCCAAGAUCAAGGUCCAAAUCCCUUUCAAGGAAAAGUCCAAGACGUUCUACACAAAAAAGACAAAGGAGUAGAUCCAGGUCACAUUCGAGAUUACGACGACGUAACAAACGGUCCAGAUCCCGUUCAGCCACAAGAGGCAGACGCUCACGAUCCAGAUCACAGUCUAGACAAUAUAGAUCAAGGUCUAAUGUAAAGAAGAGCAGAAGGUCUCGGUCAAAAAGUAGGUCCUAUUCACCUCAUUCCAGACGGUCUAGGUCUCGCCCGAAUGACCGGCGUUCUACAUCAAGUUCCCGGUCAAAAUCGAGAUCUGUUUUAAGUGAUCAGCAUCCUGAGAGCGAGAGACAAACUAACAGUACAGCUAUGGAAAAAACAGAGCACGUUGAUGACUCUCUAAAGACAAAUUUAAACGAAGCAGAAAAUGAAAAAAACGACCCAGCGACCCCCUCUGCCAUUAUUAUUAAAGAUGUCAUUAUAAACGAAGAGCAAGUUCCCAGACCUGCUGGCUCAUGGAGACCGAUUCCUUUAUUGGAUGCAGGUGUGUGUGUCUCUGGCUCUUCUGAGACCAACCUUACACCUACAAUACCUAUGGAUAUAAAAGACGUUCCAGCAUGUAUCUCAGAUGAUGUACACCUCCAAAGCACUGAAGAAAAAGAAGAAAUUAGUAAUGCUGAACAGGAAGACUCACAAAUAUUUCAACAGAAGUCCAAAUUACUAAAGCAAAGGCCCUCAAAAUCACCCUCGAGAAAAAGAUCAACUUCAAGUUCUCCUCAUAAACGACGGCAGUCCAGGUCAUCCUCCAGGAACAGCAGAAAGUCUCCUUUGCAAAGGAAAAGAUCCAGGUCUAGAAAACGGACCAGACGUUCUAAAUCCAAGUCGCCCAAAAGGAAAAGGUCAAAGUCCCAUUCGCCGCGGCGCCGGAGAAGGUCAAGGACCUCAGAUAGAAAACGCUCGAAAUCUAGACACAGGUCCCGCUCCAAAUCCAGAAGGUCUAGGUCUGGCUCACGUCGGAAAAGAGGUGCUUUCAGGGGCCGAAUGUUUAGUCAGAGGGAUCGGUGGAAACGAGAACCGAGCCGUUCUCCUGUUGUCAUCCUGCGGAAAAAAAGGUCCACCUCUCGAACCCGCCGUAGUGCCAGCAAGACACCUCCACGCCUUACCGAGCUGGAUAAAGAACAGCUUCUUGAAAUCGCCAAGGCUAAUGCCGCAGCCAUGUGUGCUAAAGCCGGCAUGCCAAUUCCAGAGAGCCUAAGGCCAAAAACCGUCCUUCAGCUGCCUUUGCCAACCCCAAAUCCCGCAUCAUUGCCCUUAUCUCUUCCCUUACCUGUUAAUAUUCCCAUGGGAAUACAAGGGAUGUCGAACAUGUCCAUGAAUGCUGCCGUGGCUAGCAUGACUGCUGCCACCAUGACCGCAGCUUUAUCGGGCAUGAACGCUCUUACUGCCAUGCCACAGUUGGCCCCCCUGCCUACAAUAACCAACAAGCCUCCACCGUCAGCCACACCAAAUCUCAAUCUGGUCUCUAUCGAAGAAGCGAAAAAGAAACUGGCAAAGCAAGCAAACAGCUACAGCAUCAAGGAGCUCACGGAAAAAUGCAAAAAGAUCGCAGAGAGUAAGGAGGAGAUGGCUAUCGCGAAGCCGCAUGUUUCAGAUGAUGAGGACGAUGACAGGCCGUUUGGAGGUGCUGCCCUUAAGGAGAAUAAGGGCAUUACCUUCAGUCUCAGUAACCCUUCGGUAAAGCCGACAGUCAGGUCUGAGGCUGCCUUUGCCAAGGAGUUCCCGGUGUCUUCGGGUUCUCAGCACCGCAAAAAAGAGGAAGAUGGUGUGUACGGAGAAUGGAUGCCCGUGGACAAGAAGACUGAUAAGGCAGGGACCCCGUCAGUAUCUUCUGGGGCUGAGGAUCAAACCAAAGUCAGCGAUAGCGUCUUCCCUGAGGCACCCUCACAGCCAGUGGACAUCACGCUUGCAAUUAGUGAAAGAGCAGUGGCGCAGAAGAGAUUGGCAGAGAAUCCCUUUGACAUCAACGCCAUGUGCAUGCUUAAUCGUGCACAGGAGCAGGUGGAUGCUUGGGCCCAGUCCAACACUAUCCCAGGCCUAUUCACCGGUUCUACAGGUGCUCAAGUGCUCUCAUCUGAAGAGCUGUCCAACAGUGGCCCACAGGCUUGGAUCAAGAAGCAGGUGCAUUGCAAGAGGGCCAUCAUGCCUCACUCAUUGACUAUAGACUACUUAGUAAGUUUUCUUUGAAAGAUGGGAGGAAGGAAAAGCACUUGAAGUAAGUCACAUGGAGCAACCCUGAUUGAAAUAUCAAAGUUUAUUAUAUCAAAAAUAAAAGAGUGAACUUCCAGUAGUAGUGAUAGGGAGUCUACUAGGACAUCCUGGGAACUGGAACAACAAUCUGUCCUAUUUUUGAUGGAAACUGUUUUUAUAUAGACAUUAACACACAUGGAAUAAUGCAGUGACCAGGAAGUUAAAUCAAAACUGUUUAUACCAAUCAGUCAUAACAUUCAAACCACUGACAGGUGAAGAAACAAACAUUGAUCGUCAGUGGCUACAUACAAUGGCUCAUGUCAAGGGUGAGAUCUAUUAGGCUGCAAGUGAGCAGUCAGUUCUUUAACUUGAUGUGUAGGACAAAUUGACAGGAAUACGGUCCUUAGUAACGCUGACAAGCGCCAUAUUGUGAUGGCUAAUUGACCGGGUUAAAGCAUCUCCAAAACAGGUCUCAUGGGUUGUUCACGUUAGUAUUUACCAAAGGAAGGUGAACUGGGGGGAUGGGGUAGGCCAUAGCUCAUUGAUCCAUGUGGAGAAUAAAGUCUAGUUUGGUCUGAUCCAUCAGGAGAUUUACCUUAGCACAGAAUCGCUCAAAAAAGUGAAUGGAAGGGUGUCGGUACACGCAGAGCUCAAUAAAUCGCGUGUUGGCAGGCUUUAAAAAUUAAACACGUUUUAUUUUAAUGCUACAAGAUCACCAUAAUCCCAAAAUUUAGUUUAAAAUAAAAAAAAAACUAAUGAACUAAAAUAAAAUCUAUUUAAAUUAAAUAGUCAUUUAUUUAUUUUCCAAAGCCACAGAGUGCCACAGCAGAGGGAUGAAAGCGCCACAUGCGGCUCUGGAGCCACUGUUUGCCGAACCCUACUCUAUCGGAUCUGCUGGACAAACAAGUCUGAUCUAUGGAGGUCCUACCUCACAACUUAUAUAUGUGUGCUUAUAAUGUCUCGGUGCCAGAUACCAUAGCACUCCUUCAGAGCGUACAUGGUAUUAGGCAGGGGGGUUUAAUGUUAUGGCUGAUCUGUGUACAUCUGAAGGGUUCAUCCAAGAGGAUUUCUUAAAAUAUUCCAAGCUCCUUACUGCUUCAAUAACAUUCUAAAUGAAAACCAUUUAUUAA